AUGCUGAUCCAGAGAGAGCCUCAGAUUAGUAAAAUUGUCUCUUUCACUCUUUUUCUUUCUCUUUCGUUUCUUUUCAAAGAUUCUGUUCCUUCCGAUGAUAAUCUGUCUGUUUCUUUGUUUAUCUUCUUUUUUUCCAUCUCGCUUGUUGUAUCUUUCGUCUCUCUAAAUAUCGCUGUGUUCAGUAACCGCCAUUUUUGUUUCUACUUUAUUUCAUUUCUUUCUUUCUUUUUUUCUUUCUUUCUUUCCAAAUAUCUACUUUUUGUUUCUUCUUUCGAUAUCACUCUUUCUUUCUUUCUUUCUUUCUUAAUUGUUUUCUCUUCAGCUAUCACUUUUUUUUCUAUCUCUCAUGAUUUUUUUUUCUUCUAUCUAGAUCUCUCAUAUUUUCUUUAUUUCUGCUCUCCAGAUAUUUCUGGUUUUCAUUGCUUCCAUCCACGUACCUACCUACCAAUUUAG